CCGUGGUUGGCGGGCGCUCCACUCCGCUGUGGGCUCGAACCCUGCCUGCCCCCAGCUCGGCCCAGCUGUGCCCUCCCCCCCACCCCCCGUCUCCCUGUCUGGCCCCUGGCUUCCCCCCCACCCCCGACCCCACUUAGAGGAGGGCAUGGGGAAGGGCAAACGGUCCAGAGGGCAGGCGGCCUGUGGGCUCCUCUGCAUCGCCGUGAGGAGGGCGUGGGGAAGGACAUCCCGGUGGGGCCCGGUCUGGGGCUGCCUCCAGCCCAGGCUGCCUGUCUUGGACUUAGUCGUGAACCUGGAGGCCAGUGCCCGGGUGGCCCCUGUCACCCUCUCGCUGUGACGCUAGCGCCUGCUGACUGGAGGACCCAGGUUCCUUUGCCUGCUUUUUCUUAGGCUGCCCUGAGGAUCCGUGUUUGGUGAAAAGGAGGCAAAUCCACCUGCAGGGCAGGCGGCUGUAGCAGCCUCAGAAGCCUGGUGCCCUGGCGACACUGGACCUGCCUGGGCUUCUUUGAUCCCAACCCCACCCCCGAUUUGUGCUUUGCUGACUCGGGAAGUCGUCGUGCCGCCCAGAACCUGAGUGCGGGCCUCUCAGAGCUCCUCUCUCGUGCGUCUGCUGGGGACUGGGCCUUGUCUCCCUAACGAGUGCCAGGGACUCUGAACAUGUCGGGCAUCGCCCUCAGCAGACUCGCCCAGGAGAGGAAAGCGUGGAGGAAGGACCAUCCGUUUGGUUUCGUGGCUGUCCCAACAAAAAAUCCCGAUGGCACGAUGAACCUCAUGAACUGGGAGUGCGCCAUUCCAGGAAAGAAAGGGACUCCGUGGGAAGGAGGCUUGUUUAAACUACGGAUGCUUUUCAAAGAUGAUUAUCCAUCUUCGCCACCAAAAUGUAAAUUCGAACCACCAUUAUUUCACCCAAAUGUGUACCCUUCGGGGACAGUGUGCCUGUCCAUCUUAGAGGAGGACAAGGACUGGAGGCCAGCCAUCACAAUCAAACAGAUCCUAUUAGGAAUACAGGAACUUCUAAAUGAACCAAAUAUCCAAGACCCAGCUCAAGCAGAGGCCUACACGAUUUACUGGUUAGUAGCAGCCCUGGCCCCGCUGGUGGCACCUCCUCCCCAUCCCAGCCAAGGCCGCCUGGCAGGAGGGGAGUGGAGCACACAGGCUCACCCUAGGGACCACCAGGGUCCGUGCCUCCAGGGGGAAGGUCGGGGGGCAUAAACCCUGUGGGCAGCAGGCACCGUUGCACACGGUCUGUGGUGGGCAUGGAUGGCGCCGGAGCCCUGUCCUAGGGAGGGAACAGGCCAGGUGAUGGGGGCUGUCUUGGGCCACUGCCCCAGUGAGUUGUGGCCAGCUAGGAGGGGAAGGACCCUGGGCAUGGGUGCCAGAGGAGGCCAUGCUGAGAGGCCUGUCCACCAGCUCAGCCUCCCGUGGACCCCAGCCUCCUGCACCACUCCUGCUGCUUGUCCCCAUCCCCUCUACAACUUGAUUCCUCCUGUGGGGGGGCCCAGCCCAGCAGGGCUCAGCGAUGUGAUGCUGUCACACAGGCCCUGGGCUUCUCCCUGUCCCUGUAAGGUGCUGCUGUGGCUAGAAGGGUCCCUUGGGCGUGGGGUCACUGUCUGCACCAAGGAGAGUCUGGUGUGAGUUAGGAUGCAGACGACAGCCAAACAGUGCUGGGGACAGCAGGGAGGACCCUGCCCUGAGCAGAGGCCACGCGCCUGCCUGUCCUGUUCCCUCUGCAGCUGCUCCGGGCAGGUCCAUAAGAAGGUGGGUUGGGGGCCCCGACCCCCACUGCUCCACCUGCAGCUUUGAGAAACCCAGCCCCAUCUCCCCACGGGUCCCACACCUCUGAGGGGGUCUUGGGGGGCCCCAGUGGCCAGGGACCCAGAAGGCUCACCCUGAAGCCACCCGUCACAUCCCUGCCACCGUGGGCAUCGGAGGCCCUCUGCCUCCAGGGUGUGUCUCCUGGUCAGGAGGGGGGAGGCUGAGGGGUCCCGGUUGCUCUAGGCCCAGCCCGCACAGGUCAUGAGGAAAAGCACCUGGUUUUGGCCGGGCGUGGUGGCUCACGCCUGUAAUGCCAGCACUUUGGGAGU